AUGGUCGUUUUCCGGAAGGUGUCCCGGAUGCAACUUGCCAAGGCACGUCGGGCUGGCUCCCUUAUAUACUGGCUUGGUGAUGCGAUUCGACGUUCCAACAGGCUUCUAGAAGCAGCAGCAGCAGCAGUCGGUGCUGGCUUCCUCUGCAUCCGCCGCGUGGAAAAGAGACAAUUUCCGGAUCCCUGUGCUGGCUCGCGUCCAGCGACGCUUCACCGCCUCUUCCCAGACCAGACCAGAGACUUGUUUGCCGACCGAGCGAGUGCGAGUGCUGUCCCCUCCCCGUCAUCGACUCUCGCAGACCACCACCGGAUGAGAGGGGAGGCCGCAUAUUUGAAGACCAAGUGCGAUGAGAUGAAGUCCGUCGUCCGGCGAUGGAUCAGCCAAAUGCUCCUAAAGCAGUCUGGUGCCGCUCCGCUUCCUGGAGCAAAGUCUCUUGUCGUCUCGUCCACCGCGCUGCCACGUAUCUUGCAGGACCGCUGCAUCUACACGCCGGAAUAUGCAGCUACAGCCUUCAUACAUCUAGAUCAGAGCUUCGUGCAUUACCCUUUGACGCACGACGGAGGGGGGUUUCAUUCGCAAUUGAUUCAAUUGGAAUUGUGUCUGUCGGCGGGCGGGUCUUCUAGUGAUAUUAAGAGCUUCGUCGUCUGGCUGUCUGCUGCUCCUGCUCCUGCUCUCUUUCUAAAAGAUCUUGCUGCCAUUGUUGUUGUUCUGCGCGCUUGCUUUGUACCUCGAAAAGCCCUCAGACGCGUCUUGUCGUCGUCCAACGCUCGUUCAAUUGUGGGAUCAGCAAGUCCCCAGCAGCCGUCCAAGACUUCUCUGUGCGCCCUUUGCUUCUGUUGCACGGCGCCUGCGUAUUCUGAGAACUCAAUUGACCGUUUUCCGGCUGCAAUCUGA